CCUCUUUUCUAGUUUUUUUUCCCGAAAGGACGGCAGGAGACUUGCCGAAUUUUUAUCAGAUGGAAAGAGAAAGAACAACAACCAAGAAAAGUUUCAAAAUUAUAACUGCACUUACUCCGACUACACACCACCUCCACUCAGAAGAAACCACCACACAAGCGGCAUAAGCAGCAAACUGAAGAAACCACAACGCGAAAACAAGAAGAGACACCACUAUGAGGAGGGUGCGAUAGUGUCUAACUCCGGCGUGUGCGCCAAGUGCAUCGUGGUGGACGCGCGCCACCACAUGCUCGGCCGCCUAUCCUCGAUCAUCGCCAAGGAGCUGCUCAACGACCAGAAGGUCGUUGUAGUCCACUACGAGGAGAUCUGACUCUCCGUGGGCCUAGCCCGCCAUGAAGUCAUCUGAGAUACUGCCCACCCACCUGGUGGCCAUAGGGUUUUCCAAGGCCUCACCCUUGUCCUCUGGGAGACGGGGCGUACGGUCCGGAUCUGACAGCUGGGGCCGUGGUCUCCGGACCUCCCCCUGAGCUCGUAUAGGUCCGGCGCCCCCUACGUGCCCGUGCCCCUGAGGGCAAAAUACUUGGGGAUGGCCUCCACAGGCCCGGACCCCCCAGGGGUCCGGCGCCGCCACAUGUGGGAGCCAGAUCUCUAUAGGCCUGUCUCUCCAACUGGCCACGGGGGCCCGGACCCUCCUAUUUUCUCCGGGAAAGGGUCCGGCGCCGCCACAUGCCACCAAGGUGACGACUCCAGGUGCCCAUGGCAGGAGGCCCCCCGCGGGACGCCAGCCCAACAACCGCAUUAAAUGCUAGUUGGUAGGCUGUGCGUGCCCAAGUCAAAGCAUGGUCUGCCCAACUGACACCACGGUAAGCCCGCCUGUUACCAAGGCGGCGCGUCACUGUACUCUGCCCGUGGGCAGACGGCGUCUAGUCAUAUCAAGGCGCCGCGCGCUGCGUGCGUGAGUAAUGAUGGCCUGCUACAGGUGUGCUGAGGCGUGCGCCACAACAGUGCGCGCGGAGGCGACGGCGCGGCAGGGUCAGCGCUGCUUCUUCGUGUGUCAGAGGGUCUUGACCCAACAUUGGCAGCAUGGCUUCCACUUUUGGGUAACACUGACAGCAGUCACUGUGCUGGCAAGGCGGCACAUGGCCAUAUCCUGGCUGUAGAUACGCACAUCAACUUCCCGAUAGAGAGGACUACGGAGAGGAGCUGGAGAUGAAGAUCUCCAUAUCUCUCGUAGAACAGGCUCCUGUUGGCCGGGCCCACUUGUCGGGACCCUGCUCAGUGUAAGCACCUCCCUUGGACUAUAAAAGGGAGAGUGUACUCGUUAGAAGGGCGGACAUCUCAAGUUCUAUUCAGGCUUUCACAAUCAAUACAACACUCAAGUGGACGUAGGGUGUUACGCUCCGGCGGCCCGAACCACUCUAAAAUCCUUGUGUCUUUCCUGCGUUCAUCCUCCCAUCGAUCAAGCGUUCCUAGGUCUCCCCCCAAACUCUUCCUUAAUUAGAAUUAGGCUGGUGCAUUCCGCCACCCGGCUGCAGAUUUCCUCCGACAAUGUAUGAUGUACUGUAGGAACCAAUUUUCCUCUUCCCCUCAAAUUUACGAUAUCACUUUUCUGAGUUUUCUACCCUUCGAUUAGAGAUACUUAACCAAAUCAAGGAGACACCAUAAUUAAAAAAAACUUGUAUUAACAAUACAAAUAUAGUUUUCGCGGUGGCGGAACCGGAUAGAAAAUCCAAGAGGGGCAGACAAACAUAUGGAAUAGUCAAUUUCAUCCUCAAAUUUUCUGCCGAAACUUAACUUCGUCCCUAAACUUUUAAAACAACAAUUUUAAUCCUCAAACUUCUCCAUCCGGCUCAAUUUAAUCCUCAAACGUGGCAUGCCAUGUUGGCACGCUUUGUCACAUCUAGUCAGCUAUGGUUCAUAAAAAAAUUAACAUUUCUAUAAAUUUGAUCAUCAUAAAAGUUCUGCUUUUAGUUUUGCAUUGAUUUUCUGAUGAAAUUUGAUCUACUUUCAUCAACAAAUUAUAUACUAUAUGCAUUGGUUUUUUUUUUGUUGAGGGGGGCCAUGGCCCCUGCCAGCCCCCCCUCAGUUCCGCCUGUUUUGUCCUCCAUCCAAGCGCAUGAAUUGGCACUUGGUAAACUUGACCAGACUAACUCAGGAACUAUAGUUGACAAUACAGGAGAAACGGUAUAAUGGCAUCCUAUUGUUGCUUCCGGAAGCCAAGGCAACCAAGUAAUAUGCCAGUGCUGCAAAUUAAUCACGGAGAGUUGAUUUCGUUUCAAGGUAUGCUCGGGCUGCUUGGUCGUCCAGGUGUUGGAGUAGUUGUCAUCCAAGGUAUAGGUGGUUCUGGAAAGACAUGGGCUGCAAAGGCUCUAUACCGAGCGGCAAAGACCUCAAAUCUCUUCGAUGAAUAUAUCUGGGUUUCAUUGUCAAUAAAUUGUAGCAUGAGAAAGUGUUUCAACAAGAUUGCAGCAUCUUUAUCAUGUAAGACCAGAGACGGCUUGUCCGUAGAAAGCACUAGGGCUAUAAUAAAGGAAUAUCUCACGCCACGGAAGUUCCUACUAGUUCUUGAUAAUGCUCAUUUCACUGAAGAAAGUAUCUUAGAGUACCUGGGAGUUCCUGAUCCUCGACAACAAAGGCUUGGCUCAAAAAUCUUUGUGACUACAAGAACUGGGAGAGCACGGAGUGUCAUGCUGCCAAAUAUAGAGAUAAUGCCACAACCACUCACUUAUGAGGAGUCAUACGACCUACUGCGCGAGAAGAUUGGAAAAGAUAUCAGCUUUGCGCAUGACUUAAUCAGCUAUUGCUAUGGCAUCCCACUCAUAAUCAUCCUAUUGGCUGGGGCACUGUAUGAUGCACCUACGGAAGAGACAUUUAGUGAGUUGGUCGCAAAUGCGCAUGCUGCUCUAUCAACCAAGACAUCAUUUUUCAACACGAUGCAGUGCAUGGUGAAAUUUGGGUAUCAUCAGCUUCCUAGUGAUAAUGUGCGACACUGCUUGCUCUACUGUUUAAUCUUCCCAGACGAUCAAGGAAUUUCAGUCAAAGAGUUAAUUUGGUACUGGAUAAUGGAUGGUCUACUCCAAGAAGCUGUUGGUUUUGAUGAGGCUAACCACAUUGGUAAGGAAAUUCUUGAUGUCCUCAUAAAGCAUGGUAUGGUAUAUUUGGAUGAUAAUGAUCACGUACACAUGCAUAAUAUGAUUAGGGAGACUGUGUCAAGAUUUGGAAAGGAUAUGGGUUACAAAGAGCAAAGUUACCAGUAUUUUAGCAAUCCUAUUGUCAAAUUAGAGCAUCUUUCAAAGUAUAGCGAUAGAGUUUCGUUAAUGGACACUGAAGUGGAAUAUCUCCGCGGAAGUCCAAAGUGCUUACAUAUUUCAUCAUUACUUUUAAGAGGAAACUAUCUUUUGAAAGCUAUAUCAGAUGAAUUCUUUAACCAAAUGGCGGGAACACUGCAGAUACUAGACCUGUCAUUUACUCGAAAUGAAGUGUUGCCGCAUUCUAUCUCCUAUUUGAUUAGGCUGAGAAUGUUGUUACUGAUUGGUUGUGAUCAUUUGCAAGAAAUUCGAUACAUAGCUCCACUGGAACGGCUGGAGGUGCUGGAUGCUUCAGGUUGUAGUUCUCUGAAGAGUGUAGAGUCUGGGUCAUUUGACCGUAUGGUGUUUCUCAAGGUCCUUGACCUCUCUGCCACUUCCAUCACUUCCUUGACAUCAAUUCCAGUAUCUAUGGAGCUUCGCCACAUCAAUCUACAGGGUUGCCCAUUUCUGGGAUCUGAGGCCCCUUAUGGAGUGUCAAAAGACGGUGGUAUACGGAACCUGCAGCUUGGCAGUAUUGAAGAUCUAGCGGCUUGGAUGGGCAUGCUAUGGUUACCUUGUGGACUGACUUUCCAGCUCUCUGAUAGGUUUGGCAUGAAAGUAUCACUUGAUGCCAACAGGGAUAGUAAUUCAUAUGUUUAUGCCAGUGAUACCUAUUUUUUAAAAUGCUUGGGAGAAGAUUCUCCACUGUGGUAUAACUGUUUUCAGAAGUUUCAAAUUGUCAUCUCCCCUUCGAUGGAUAGCGAAACCAUGGACACUGAUGGCCAAGUAAGAAAUACAGAUUCCAUCUUUGAGAAUUCGUACUUUAGGGCAAAGCACUUCACAUAUUCCACUGAUCCCACGAGAUAUCUGGAAAUAAAUGGUACUGUUGGUGUUCCAUCUGAUCUUGAUGGUAUUCUGUGUCAUGCUGAGCUGAUAUUGUUAAAGAGAUUAGUUAUGACCACCAGAUUCUCUGAUCUGAUUGUUAGAAGUAUGGCAGCAGUAAGAGAACUCUGGCUAGAAAAUUGUGACCACCUGGAGAGUCUUCUGUCAGCAGACGAAGUUCAGGCACUGUCUACGGUAGGCAAUUUAUCAUCCUUAUGCAAAGGGGUGGAAGAUGUGACUAGUUUCAGUUGUCUGAAGCACUUGCUCCUCUAUUGCUGUCCAAAACUACUCUACCUAUUCCCUUCGGCGCUACACUUUCCGAACCUUAAAACAUUGCAUAUAAGAUUUUGCGACGUUUUGAAGAGGGUAUUUGACAGCUCGGUCUUGGGAGAGGACACUCUUCCAAGGUUGCAGUCGCUGCAACUGUGGGAGCUCCCUGAGCUAACCUGUGUGUGUGGUGGAGUCUUGCCAUCUCUGAAGAACCUCAAGGUGAGAGGCUGCGCAAAACUGAGGAAAAUUCCUGUUAGUGUGAAUGAAAAUAGCCCGUUUGUAACUACUACCGGGGAGCAGUUGUGGUGGGACAGUUUAUUAUGGGAUGACGAAACCAUCAAGCGUUGGUUGCUGUUCAGAAAUUGGGGGCCCUUGCUACCUCAUCUUGCAACUGAAGGAUGAAGAUAUACACAUAUACAUGUGUUUCAGAAGCUUUUUUUUUUAACACUAGUUUCAGAAGCAUUUGUCAGUCAUUCUACGGUUUCUCAGACCAACAUGUUUUUUGGUCUGACCUUCCUAUAUGUCAUGGUUGGUACACGGCUCGUGCAACUUUCUGAAUUGAUCUUGUAGCGAAAACCUGCUAUCUGGUUGUACCUUAAGUAAGUCUGUAAAAACACGAAGCAAACUGAGUUUGGCUCGGCGUGCUAGUAAUUGAACAAGGUUUAGCAACUUUCUGCUA